AGCCCAGUUUAUUACACUGUGAUCUUGCCGUCAGCGAACACUCUCAACCUAUUGCACUUCCACUCUGCAGUGACUCAACAUGUGAACCAUCAGGAUGAAGUUGUGAAGUUGGAAGGACUCAUGCUGUAGCUAGCUGCAUCAGCUGAUUUGUUUGGGUGGUUUUUUUCAAAACAAACUCACUGUUGAUAUGAAACGCAUGGAUUAUGGAUCGAAUAUGGAUAUUCUGCAAAAUCCUAUUUUUUCUAAGUGUCAUUGUGAAUUCAUCGUCGCAUGACGGCGACGACGCUUCUUGUGAUGGAGCGUUCGAUAUUUAUUUUGUAUUAGACAGGUCAGGCAGUGUGAUGGGACACUGGGAUGAGAUCUUUGGAUUUGUGGAGCAGCUCACCAACAGGUUUGUCAGUCCCAGGAUGAGGGUUUCCUACAUUGUCUUUUCAGCCAAAGCUGUCGUAAUACUGCCACUAACUGGAGACAGGGGUAUGAUAGAUGAGGGUUUGAGGAAGCUGAGCCAAAUCAAACCUGCUGGUGAAACGUACAUGCACGAAGGCAUGAAAGCGGUGUCAGAGCAGAUGAAGGCACAAACUUCGCCGUCAUCCAGCAUCAUCAUCAUCCUGACUGAUGGCAAGCUGGAGGUCUACCCCUUUGAACUGAGUCUGCAGGAGGCUGACAAAGCCAGAGGGUUUGGAGCCAGAGUGUACUGUGUUGGUGUCAUGGACUUUGACCACAAACAGCUUGCUGAAAUAGCAGACGGCACAGAACAAGUCUUCCCAGUGCUGUCCGGGUUUCAUGCCCUUAAAGACAUCGUCAACUCGAUCCUGAAGCAGACAUGCGCAGAUGUAUUCACAAUAGAGCCGUCGAGUGUUUGCGUGAAUGAGUCUUUCAAUGUGGUGCUGAGGGGCAGUGGCUUUAGCGGAUCCAAGAGGACAGAAAACAUUCUCUGCUCCCUCACUGUCAAUCAAAAGACAUACGACCAGAAGCCAACAGUAGUUAAAGAUGGCUAUCUGCUGUGUCCAGCUCCUGCUCUGCAUGAGGUUGGACAAUCCAUUGAAGUACUGGUUAGCCUGAACAAUGGACAAUCCUACAUCUCCAGUCCCAUCACCAUCUACGCCACAACAUGUUCAGAUGGGACCUGGGUGCUCUGGUUGCUGUUGGCUCUGUUGCUGUUACUGGCUCUGGUUUUACUCUGGUGGUUCUGGCCUCUCUGCUGCACUGUGGUGAUCAGAGACCCACCCCCCUCUCGCCCACCUCCCCCACCUCCCGUCAUUGAGCCAGAAGAAGAUCUUUUGCCCAAACACAGGUGGCCUACAGUGGAUGCUUCAUACUAUGGAGGCAGAGGUCCUGGAGGGAUCAAACGCAUGGAGGUGCGUUGGGGGGAGAAGGGGUCCACAGAGGAAGGGUCACGGCUAGAGAAAGCCAAAAAUGCUGUCAUCACCAUGCCAGAGGAAGUGGAGGAGCCCAUCAUACCCCGACCCCCACCACGACCUCCUCCAGUCUACAACCCCCAACAGUCCAAAUGGUAUACUCCCAUCAAGGGGCGUUUUGAUGCGUUGCUGGCAUUACUGAGGAGACAGUACAACAGAGUGGCAAUCAUGAGACCGACAUCGCAGGACAAGGGCCGCUGCAUUAACUUCACCAGAGUUCAGAGUCACUGAUGUUCAAACAUGAGGAUCAACGCUUUUCACUUACAGUUUUUGGCCAAGGACGACACAUUCAAGAGCUAAACGUUAAGAUUCAAUGUGUAUUGUAAAUAAAUGUGUUUACUUAUA